AUGAGACGUGUUGAACACGUUGACCAUGCUCGCAAGUCCGCUGAACAGGCCGUUAAGGCAAUCAAGGCCGCAGAAGAAGGGAAAUCGAUUCCUGAAUAUGACUAUCUUCCAUACUUUUACUCUCGAGCCUUUGAUCUCUCAUGGCAAUUCUAUGGUGACAACGUUGGAGAAACCGUUUUGUUUGGAGAAAAUGACCCAAAAUCGCCGAAGCCGAAAUUCGGAAGCUAUUGGAUUAAAGAAGGGAAAUUGAUUGGAGCGUUUUUGGAAGGUGGAACUUUUGAAGAGAACAAGGCAAUUGCUAAGGUCGCGCGAACGCAGCCUUCUGUUGAGAGCCUUGACGUGUUGUCUAAGGAAGGACUUUCCUUCGCCAGCAAAAUUUAGAAAAGAAAACCAAAUUGCUUCUAGGUUCUGACUUCUGUUGUGUGUUU